UAUAGAAAGAUAUAGUGUCCACCAGCUAGAGAAUAAGUCAGAAGUCGGAGUUCUUUUACGUACGCGUUUGCCAUGGGAAGUGUUGCAGAAAAGCAGCUUGAUAUAACGAUCCAAGAAGAAGCAGAAGAAACGAAAAACAUGGAGACACCAAUUGUUAAAGCUCAAUCAUUGAAUCCAAAGGCAGACAAAUACAAGAAAUGGCUCGAGAUAGGCAUCCAUACCUUCAUUGUCCUGGCUAGCCAAUCAGUAGCUACAAUACUUGGAAAGUUGUAUUACAACAAAGGCGGAAACAGUACGUGGUUGUCUUCACUUACUCAAACUGUAGGUUUUCCCAUUCUUCUAAUUCCCAUGAUAUUUUGGACAAAAAGAACCCCUAAAGAAGAAGAAGGACCAACGUUAAGACACAUUAACGAUGACACAAAAUCUCCUUCUAUAAUGGUCUUGUUAUCAGUCUAUGUUUUUCUUGGUUUUCUGCUUGGAGGAGGCUGUGUUUUGUAUUCAAUUGGUCUUUUAUACCUCCCAGCCUCUACUUAUUCUCUAAUUUCCUCAAGUCAAUUAGGUUUCAAUGUCUUGUUCUCACUUUCCAUGAGACUAGAAAAACUUACACCUUUUGUGUCCAAUUCUAUUUUUCUCCUAACCAUUUCCUCUAUUCUCUUGGCAUUACAACCUGAUGACUCUUCAAACAAAACGGAAUCAUCUUCUCAAGGGAAGCGAAAUUACGUGAUAGGGUUUGUAUGCACAUUAAUUGCAUCAGCUGGUUUUGGUUUCCUAUUAGCCACAACAGAGCUAAUUUUCAGAAAGAUCCUAAAAAAGAAUACAUUGAGAGAUAUCAUGGACGUCAUCAUUUGUCAAUCAUUUUUCGCGACGUGUCUCAUUCUCAUUGGCCUAUUGGCAAGUGGAGAGUAUAGGAACUUGAAAGUAGAGAUGCAAGAUUUCGAGCUUGGAAAAUUGACCUAUAUCAUGAUAUUAUUGUGGAUAAGUUUAUGUUGGCAACUUUACACCUAUAGUCUUCUUGGGUUGAUUAUGAAGGUAUCUGCUGUAUUUGCCAAUGUGAUUUCCACUUUGGCAACGCAGUGAAUCAUCCGCUUUCCCCGAGUCCAAGAUAUUUCUUCUCUUUUUCCCCCGAGUCCGAAGAUAUGUGCACUUUUUUCCGGAAAAUUAAAAAGAAGAUAUGUGCACUUUAAUUGGCAUACACCCAAACAGUUUUCACUUUUCAGUGUAGUCGUUGGUUCUAAGAAACGAUGGAGAUGAAGCUCUCCAACUGUUUACCGAGCCAAAAAUGGUGCGGAGGAGGAGCGCCUUUUGUUAGACAAGUAAAUGUUCGAUUCUAUCCACCGCCUUCUCAACGUUUGCUUCCACUUCCAGCUUCCGGCAAAAUGCGCCACCGCAACUUCAGUUUGCAGAACAAGAGACAACAAACCAAGAAAAUAAAUAUUGAACGCCCGGAUGCUGAUCUUCAGUCAAGUGAUGCUGUAGAUUCCAAUACGAAAAAUAUGUCCAAACAAAACCUAUCAAGUUCAAAUCAGGAAAUCUCAAUCAAAGAAAAUGUUGACACUUUGACAGAAGCCGAAAGCUCCGAGGAGAUUAGUUAUUUGUCUGUCGACUCAAAUGAGGAGGGACAACCUUCAAGUGUUCAUCUUCAGGAUUUGAUUGGCAUGAUAAGAAAUGCAGAAAAGAAUAUUCAUCUACUCAAUGAAGCUCGUAUUCGUGCAUUAGAAGAUCUUCAAAUUGGAGAGAAAGAGGAUUUGCAUGGAGAGAUCAACAUUUUAGAAAUGAAGCUGGCAGAAACUGAAGCACGGCUCAGAGUUGCCGCCCAAGAAAAAAUACAUGUGGAACUUCUAGAAGACCAGUUGGAAAAGUUGAAAAAUGAAUUGUCUAGCAGCAGAAGCAGUGAAGAAAAUGUGCUUCAUGUGAAUAAUUCAGUUCCUCUUUCAGAUAAUGAUUCUGUUAAGUCACUGAGCGAGGAACUUGAUUCCUUAAGGAAAGAAAAUAUAUUAUUGAAAGAGGAUCUUCAAGCGUUGAAGUCAGAGCUUACUAAUGUCAAGGAAACAGAUGAACGCAUUUUAAUGCUAGAGAAAGAACGAUCAGUUCUUGAAUCUUCUGUAAGUGAGUUGGGAUCUAAACUAGCUGCAUCUCAGGAAGAUGUUUCAGAGCUCUCUGCCUUGAAAUAUGAGUGCAAAAAUUUAUAUGAAAAGGUGGAACACUUACAAACAUUGCUAGCUAAGGCAACUAAACAGGCAGAUCAAGCAAUAUCAGUGCUACAACAAAACCAAGAGCUACGAGAAAAGGUUGAUAGGCUUGAANAUUAUUGUGAAUUGGUUAUAGAUCAUCUUUUUAUCGUAGGUGGUCUAGGGGAUGUGGUGACAGGCCUUGGCAAGGCUCUGCAGAAGAAAGGACACCUUGUGGAAAUUGUUCUUCCUAAAUAUGAUUGUAUGCAGUAUGAGUCAAUUAAAGACAUGAAGGCCUUAGAUGUGGUUGUUGAGUCAUACUUUGAUGGUCGGUUAUACAAAAAUAAGAUCUGGACGGGCACUGUUGAAGGCCUUCCUGUCUAUUUCAUUGAGCCUCAGCAUCCUGGUAAAUUCUUUGGGAGAGGACAACUUUAUGGGGAGCACGAUGAUUUCAAACGAUUUUCAUUCUUUAGCAGGGUAGCACUUGAGUUACUACUUCAUGNCGGACGUAUCUGUGAUGCAUAUAUGUCAUGCAAGGAAAAGAAUGAACGUGAAAUUAUAGCGACAUUUCUUAAAUUUACGUCAUCGUCAACACGUCCGGGACUGCAUAUCAUCCAUAUUGCAGCAGAGAUGGCGCCAGUUGCAAAGGUAGGUGGUCUAGGGGAUGUGGUGACAGGUCUUGGCAAGGCUCUGCAGAAGAAAGGACACCUUGUGGAAAUUGUUCUUCCUAAAUAUGAUUGUAUGCAGUAUGAGUCAAUUAAAGACAUGAAGGCCUUAGAUGUGGUUGUUGAGUCUUACUUUGAUGGUCGGUUAUACAAAAAUAAGAUCUGGACGGGCACUGUUGAAGGCCUUCCUGUCUAUUUCAUUGAGCCUCAACAUCCUGGUAAAUUCUUCGGGAGAGGACAACUUUAUGGGGAGCACGAUGAUUUCAAACGAUUUUCAUUCUUUAGCAGGGUAGCACUUGAGUUACUACUUCAUGCUGAAAAGAAACCAGAUAUAAUUCAUUGCCAUGAUUGGCAAACAGCUUUUGUUGCACCACUUUAUUGGGAUCUGUAUGUGCCAAAAGGAUUGGACUCAGCGAGGAUUUGCUUUACAUGCCAUAAUUUUGAGUAUCAAGGGACUGCACCAGCAUCAGAAUUAACAUCUUGUGGUCUUGAUGCUUAUCACUUGAACAGACCAGACAGGAUGCAGGACAAUUCAGCAAAUGAUAGAAUAAAUUCCGUGAAGGGUGCAAUUGUGUUUUCUAACAUUGUUACCACAGUUUCACCAACUUAUGCUCAAGAGGUCCGGACUGCUCAGGGAGGAAAAGGACUUCAUGCAACAAUUAACUCCCACUCUAAGAAAUUUGUCGGAAUUCUGAAUGGAAUUGAUACUGAUGCUUGGAAUCCUGCUUCUGAUAAUUUUCUUAAGGUCCAGUACAGUGCCAGUGACAGAGAGGGGAAAUUAGAAAAUAAAGAAGCUUUAAGAAGACUUCUAGGGCUCUCUUCUUCUGAAAUUAGACGACCAUUGGUUGGUUGCAUAACAAGACUGGUUCCUCAAAAGGGUGUGCAUCUUAUUAGACAUGCCAUAUAUAGGACUUUGGAGUUGGGAGGUCAAUUUGUUCUUCUUGGUUCUAGUCCAGUGCCACAUAUUCAGAGGGAGUUUGAGGAUAUCAGAAACCAUUUCCAAAAUCACGAACAUGCUCGGUUGGUAUUAAAGUAUGAUGAGGCUCUUUCCCAUUUGAUUUAUGCAGCAUCUGACAUGCUUAUCAUCCCAUCCAUUUUUGAGCCUUGCGGCCUUACUCAGAUGAUAGCGAUGAGAUAUGGGUCUAUACCAAUUGCUAGGAAAACAGGGGGCUUGAAUGAUAGUGUUUUCGAUGUUGACGAUGACACAAUCCCGGAUCAGUUUAGAAAUGGAUUUACAUUUGUGACUGCUGAUGAACAGGGAUUCAACAAUGCCUUGGAACGUGCAUUUAACUACUACAUGAACAAGGCUGAGACUUGGAAAGAGCUGGUUCAGAAGGACAUGAGCAUAGAUUUUAGUUGGGAUUCGUCAGCAUCACAAUAUGAAGAACUUUACAAUAGGGCUGUUUUGAGAGCAAGAACUGCAAGUCGUAGUUGACCUCUUUCUAAUCAUGAUUUGUUAAUUCAUUGAUCUAAGUUGAAUGUCAGUGCCAUCAUUCCGUGGCGAUAGCAUCCGUUAGGGAAUAACUGGGCGAGCAAUCCUUGACAUAACAUAGUGAUUCACAAAAGUAAAAUGCAUGUAUGAUGUCGGACAUCAAAGGUGAAAGUCAGAAUUGGCAUACCAUCUGCGAAGCUUUUCCGGCUAGAAAAUGAACAACAGAGUUUUACAAAUUUGUUUAAAUCUCUAUGUUGUUAGUAAAUAUAUAUUCUUUUCGACCAAAUAUGUUGUUAGUAUAUACUUCACAUAGUGCUUACAACUUAAAGCAAAAACAUAGACAGUGUAGUCAACUUGUUUAGUACGUGAUAUCUUGUAUAGAUUUUAAAGAGAAUUCCAUUAAAUUGCAUAAGCUGCUCUAGUCUGUAAAUUCAAGUUUAAGCUUUUAACAGCUUUACAGUGUUUUUGGUUA